AUGACCCACUCUUUGGUCUGUCCGGAAACCGUGAGCAGGGUCAGCUCUGUGCUGCAUCGUAACACCAGGCAGUUUGGGAAAAAGCACCUUUUCGACCAGGACGAAGAGACCUGCUGGAACUCGGACCAGGGCCCAUGCCAGUGGGUGAUGCUUGAGUUUCCCCAGUGCGUCCGCAUCUCCCAGCUGCAGAUCCAGUUCCAGGGGGGCUUUUCAAGUCACAGGGGCCGCCUGGAAGGCUCAAAGGGGAGUGAAGGCCUUUGCAGGAUUGUGGACUUUUAUCCUGCGGACAACAACUCCCUUCAGACCUUCCCUGUACCAGCCACUGAGGUGGACCGGCUAAAGGUGACCUUCGAAGACAUGGCUGACUUUUUUGGCCGUGUGGUCAUCUACCACCUGCGGGUUCUGGGGGAGAAGGUGUGA